UUUGACUGGUUGAUGUCGGGAAAUUUGUUCUUGUAGUGUGAUUUUACCGAGGCAAAAUCAUCAUGCACGCAUUUCAAACGCUGGACAAUGUGUUCAUGUUUCGCAAGGAAAAGUGCAAGGAGUGCAUGAAGCAGCCGAUCGCUUCGCUCGGCCUGCAGGAGUCGGGCUAUUCGUACUUCAUCAGCUCCAUGUGCAAACGGUGCCGGUGGUUCGGUGAUCGGAUGCUGUGCCAAGAGCAAGGUAAGUGCGAGAAACGGGCAAACGAGCUUCAUGCAGACGAGGCCGUAUCGAUAGCUUCCAGGAAAAAGGGCUGCGAUGUGUCGACGUCUCAGCGUUCCGGUUUCCCGCAACAAAUGUCAGCAGUUCGGCAAUGAUGCCGGUGGUGGAGGUGGUGAUUAAAGGCAAAGCAAUGUGUUAAAAAUAUGCUGUUGUACCAUCUAACGAGCGUUUGUAACGAGCAGAUGAGUUUUUUUUUCACCCAGUGUGUGCUAGUCUUCACACACACACUCUAAGACAGUCUCGUGAGGAAAGACAAACAGUGAUUUGUGGUAUUCAUCAUUACGCCCUUCAUUGUUAUUGCAUUCCACCUAUUGCUAAAAAAAAGAAGGCAAAACAAAGAAAUGAUAUCUGCAUUGGGUCACUCACACUGGUCCGGACACUGCUGCUGGUGCUGCUGCUGCAAUGCAAUAGAAAAAUUCUUGAAACCUACUAUUAGCGAUGACAAAACCGAACACAAGCACAGAUGCACACACACACACACACACACACACACACACACACACACACACACACACACACACACACACACACACACACACACAAACCCCUUUCGUGGUGAACGCGAUGCAUCCGCUGGAUUUAUGUUGCCCGCAGUCGAAGGUUGACUGAAAUACGAGUCAGAAAGAACCUGAUAGAACAAAGCAGCAGCAGCAGCAGCAAAAAAAGGCGCACACAAACGAAUGUUGGAAUGUGUUACAACGGCACAAGCGAGAGAGACCCGUUUUGCCUUGCAACAAGAGGGUUGAUGGAGGAGGUCAGACUGAACCAGCAAAUUACCCCCAGCGCUGUGGCAAACACUGUUUUUUUUUCUCUGCCUCCUCCCAUUUAUGUGUCCAGCGUAACGUUUUUGGCCCUUGGCCAGAGAGAUACAGAGAGACAGCGGUAGGGGCAUCGGCAGAGAGGCACAGUUAGUGCCCCAAGUGCUUGCUUGUGUGAGCGUGAGUAUGCGUGGGGGGGACUGUUGCCAUAGAAUAUAUACUAAUCUAUGACGAAGCUCGUUUUAGCUCGCGAGAUUGCCGAACACAUCAUCCCGUCCCUAGCUCCCGGCCAGCCUUCAGGAGCGCGCGCGAGAGAGCGUGAGGGGGGAAGCGAUUAGUGCACUUUAAAUCGACUC